GUUCCUCCUCAAGUACGGGGCAGACUGGACCUGCCACGACUUCAAAGUACUAUGAUGACAUUUACUUUGAUUCUGAUUCAGAGGAUGAAGAUAAAAUAGUUGCACAGGACACCCGGAGAAACGGAAAACAUCAGCAGCGUCGGGUUCUUUCCAAUGAUGAACUGCUGUAUGACCCAGAAGAAGACAGUAGAGACCAAGAGUGGGUAGACUCACAAAGGAGGGGAUACCAUAAUGGAAGAAGAGCGCUGCCCCAGCAGCGGCAGAGGAAACCUGCAGCUGUUCCAAACAGUGAUGCUGUUCUGAAUUGCCCUGCUUGCAUGACAACAUUAUGCCUGGACUGCCAGAGACAUGAGUCCUACAAAACCCAAUAUAGAGCGAUGUUUGUGAUGAACUGUGUUGUCAACAAAGAUGAGGUUCUGAAAUACAGGAAGAAGGUAAAGAAAAGAAGUAAGAAAAUGAAGCACAGUGAAGAAACUACCUCUGUGCAGUCCAACCAAGAAGAGGAGGAAGUGUAUCAUCCAGUAUUAUGUACUGAAUGCUCAACUGAAGUGGCAGUAAUGGAUAAAGAUGAAGUUAUGGUCUUCCCCAGCCACUCCUGA